AUGUUGAUGCAAUUCCUUCAUCGUGCUGGGGCUGCUACUGCUGCUAGAAGAGUUUUAUUGUAUGAUGGUGUGAAGGCUAGCAGUUUUUCAUUUAAUCGUCAAGUGUAUGUUGCUGGAUUCAGUAGUAAUCAACUGAAUCCUCUCGGCCUCAAGGAAGGUGUGAAAACUACCUCGUCGGAUCUAUCACCCACCAUGCAGAUGCUGGUGGCCUAUGUGGUACUAGGUAUAUCAGCUAUGAGCAUUGUAGCUCGAUAUAAAAGUCGCGAUGUUCAGGAGGAUGAGAAUGUACGCAUCUUGAACAUGGCAAAACGUGCGGUGGUUAAAGACCGACGCGUUUUUGAGGCUAUUGGAUACCCAAAGGAGUUUGAACGGGUCAAGGAAAUUGACACGAAUGGUUUGUGUAUUCAACUCAAGUCGAACGAAGGGAGUUUUAACGUCACUGGAGAAAAAGGGAGUGUCGUCGUGCAUUACCGACAGAAUAUACCCGUGGGUGACGAAGGCAGCGUCGAUGAGCUGAGUGUGGAAUGUGAAGAUGGCACACAAUUUUCAGCGCUAGAGUCGUAUUUGCAGAACCAAGACGUUGUUACACACCAGAAGUCCGAGUCACUGGGCAACAAGAUGUUUUUUCCAGUCAUUGGCGGCGUGUUGAUUGGUGGCUUGACAUCGUUCUUUGCCAUUCGUAUUCUGCGCAAUCGUCCAUUCUACGUGCACAGAUUAGUACUGGACCACGUGAACAACCACAACAUGGCGUGCCAACUGAUUGGGCACCCGAUUAAGAGUGAUCGUUCCAAGCACGUAGGGAUACUUACGAAUGAGGCUGCCAAUUACACUAUUGCGUGCUCCGGGCCCAAGGCAAACGGUACGCUUUUCGUCAAGGCUUUCAAAGAAGUAGACCCGGAUGAGAAAGCUGAAGACGGACAGGAAAACUAUACCGAAGUCAUGACAACUCCAGGUACAUCUUGGAAAUUUUCUGCACUUGUGCUGACCGUUAAUCGUAAUGAGAAGCGCAAAGCGAAGAAUGCCAAGACAAUCAAUCUUCUGACCCGUAGUGACAUGCAGCCUGUGUCAUCACAAUGA